CCCUCUCUCCCAAGGGAGAGCAAGAACAAGAGGGAGAGAUGGGAAGAGCUUUUGUAUACGUGAUUCUUGGGGGAGGUGUUGCUGCUGGCUAUGCAGCCCUUGAAUUCUCAAGAAGAGGAAUCUCCCAUGGCGAUCUCUGCAUCAUCUCUGAAGAGCCUGUUGUGCCUUAUGAACGACCCGCAUUGAGCAAAGGGUUUUUACUUCCAGAAGCUCCUGCACGGCUUCCAUCAUUUCAUACUUGUGUAGGUGCCAGUGACGAGAGGUUGACACCAAAAUGGUACAGGGAACAUGGAAUUGAACUGGUUCUUGGAACUGGAGUAAAGUCUGCUGAUUUGAGGCGGAAAACAUUGUUGACAGCGACUGGAGAAACAAUCAGCUAUAAGAUUCUCAUCAUAGCAACAGGUGCUCGGGCUUUGAAGCUUGAAGAAUUUGGGGUGACGGGAUCGGAUGCUGAAAAUGUAUGUUAUCUACGCAAUUUGGCCGAUGCCACCAGGCUCGUGGAUGUGAUGCAGUCAUGUGUUGGUGGGAAUGCUGUCGUCAUUGGUGGCGGCUACAUAGGCAUGGAGUGUGCUGCAUCUUUGGUGAUAAAUAGAAUCAAGGUGACCAUGGUCUUCCCAGAGGCGCAUUGUAUGGCCCGUUUAUUUACGCCCAAGAUCGCAGAGUACUAUGAGGAAUACUACAAGUCAAGGGGCGUGGAGUUCAUUAAAGGAACUGUCUUGUCAUCAUUCGAAAAUGAUUCUGACGGGAAGGUGACGGCUGUGGUUCUCAGGGAUGGGACCCGUCUGCCGACUGACAUGGUCGUGGUAGGGAUUGGCAUCCGUGCAAACACAAGCCUGUUCGAGGGUCAGCUAACUAUGGAGAAAGGGGGGAUAAAAGUCAAUGGGCGGUUGCAAACAAGCAACAGCUCUGUCUACGCCGUUGGAGACGUCGCGGCGUUUCCAGUCAAGCUCUUCGGUGAGGUCCGGAGGCUUGAGCACGUCGACUUGGCCCGCCAGUCAGCGAGGCAUGCCGUGGCCGCGAUCAUGGCCCCAGACAAGACAGGCGACUUCGAUUAUCUACCGUUCUUUUACUCCAGAGUCUUUACAUUGUCUUGGCAGUUCUUUGGGGACAAUGUGGGUGAGGUGAUCCACUAUGGCGAUUUUUCAGGUGGGCCAUUUGGGGCAUAUUGGGUAAAUAACGGCCACGUCGUGGGUGCUUUUCUAGAGGGUGGGAACAAGGAGGAGUAUGAGGCUAUAGCCAAGGCCACCAAGCUCAAGCCAUUGGUUACAGACAUUGCAGAGCUUGAAAGGCAAGGGCUGGAUUUCGCGAUGUGGGCCAGCCGGCAACCGUCACCCACUGUACAUGUUUCCACUUCUAGCCUCAUUGUGGAGAAGCCAAUGUAUGCAUGGCACGCAACGGCCGGAGUUGUCAUGGCCGCAUCAAUUGCGGCAUUUGCUUAUUGGUAUGGGCGGCGACGCAAGAGGUGGUGAUGAGAGCCUGCCAAAAGGUAGAGUUUGUAUUAUGGAUGUUUUUGUAAGCAUCAGAUAGCUUUCAUUCUCAGCCUUUGAUUACUGGCUUAGUCAUUCUUAUGUGGAAGCACCUACGCAUAUGAAGAUGAUUGGAAGCAUUUGACCAUUUCAAUGAACGGUCUUGAUAUUCUUACCUUC